AUGGUCCUAAUCAAGAAGCUCUUCUUGCUUUUUGCAACCUUCACAUCGGUCAUUGCGCUACCAAAUCCAGCGCAAAUCCUCCCAUCAGAGAAGGAUAUCAGUAUGGACGGACUUGAAGUCCAUGAUGUCCGUGAUGUGAGCGCCUUAGAACAGCGCGCUCUGGGCCCAAUGACGCUGCAGUGGUCUCCCCAAGGCCAGUUUCUUUUCAUGGCAGGACUUCAAAUUCCACAGGGAAUCUAUGACGCUUUCUUCUCCAGCAGCAUUGGUAUCAAUGACUUCGCAGCAGCGGAAUUUUAUAUGCGUCAUGCUCUUGAGGGGGGCAUUAUGAAUAUAACCCCAUUCAGCAAUAACGGCUACGAUGUCGGCUUUGGCAUAUUUGCAAAGGAUGGGGUAUCUCUAACCCAAGAGGUAGUUAAUGCAAUGAUUACAGUUAUCAGACGCUGGGCCGAGGCAAACUCUGGCUCAUUGACUGUCAUCCAAGCCGCCAACGGGUUCAUUGACCCCGCGCAGAUUGGGGCCACACCAACCACCAAACGCGGCCGCGUUGCGACUUGUCCCUCUGGUAUUAAUCUGUUAAAACCAGGCACCACACCUUUGCUAAACCAUGCCCAUCUAAAAUCUGUGGAUAGCGAAGGCAACACCCUGCUUCACCUAGUGGCAGAGUACAACAUUGACAAUGUGAUCAGCCGACUGAGCCCAACCACCGCAGCCAAGAGCAUGGUCGAAAACAACGCCGGUCAGACACCGCUCCACAUAGCGGUCAAAAAAGGUCACUAUGGCAUUGUUCAAGAACUGCUAUCAACGGGAUGCAAUCCAUCUCCGACGGACAAGUACUCCCGAACCCCCCUGCACUAUGCUUGUCUGACCAAGCAAGACAUAACCAUGGUGCGGCUGCUCCUGGCUCAUGGUGCUGACGCUUCAGCAAAAGACAAAGAGGACCGCACUCCAAUACACAUAUGUUGCACCCACGGGCAGGCUGCACUGCUCAAGGCUCUCAUUGAUUCCGGCGCCGACAUCAAUGCAGCGGAAAACGGAGAGGUGGAUUCUGGAGCGCGAGGGCAGACACCAUUCCACAAUGCAGUACUGCGUGGACAGACAGAGUGCGCGAAGAUUCUUUUGAAGAGAGGGGCUGAUCCAAACCUGCUAUAUGGGCCUGGAGAACACGUUAUAGGCUCUGCAGUGUUCAGCGGGCAGACAGAACUCGUGCAACUGAUGCUAGACAAGGGAGCUGAUGUGAAUAGGGCAGACCGCCUAGGACUGACGCCCUUGAUGUAUGCUGCUACUGUAGACAGAGAGCAAAUCGCGCGGAUCCUAUUGCAUGCUGGCGCCAAUCCAAACAUACGAGGACCUCGUGACGGUGUCGCCCUACACGGCGCGGCUAGGUCAGGCCUGCCGUCGAUUGCGAAGUUGCUGCUCGACGCGGGUGCUGAUCCUUCCAUUACAGAUAGGUCGGGCUUUUCUCCGUUAGAUUAUGCUAUGAAGAAGGAAGCGACUCCUGCAGAGUGGGUUUCAACCCCGGGACAUGAGUCAGUAGUCAAACUGCUGCAACAGGCACAGCAACAAUCAGAAGCUGGGCUAGGCUGA